AUGUCAGUCAAUGUCGAGCCGGUCGUCCCCGCAGGUAGGAUAGCCAACGAAGCUACCGUAAAACCGAUCGGUCAAGACCUAUCUGCAAGAUCCGUGUUUCCCCCGCCUACAGCAGACCCACAAUUGAUAAUCAACGGCGGAAAGUCUCCUGCACAGCUUCGAGUACAAGCGCAGGGUGCCCUUCUUAGUUUAGCUCCUCACAAUAUUCGAUACAGUGAGCUCGUUGGGGAAGGUAUCAAUCCAGUGAUACUUAAGCAACUUUACGAAGAAGUGGGGAUCAAGGUCCCCACGCCGCAACCGGAUGCCGUAUCAACCCAGGCAUCCUCGCUAGUCUCAACACCGCGCGGUCAUUCUUUCACAGAUCACACGGCUUCGGUCGAAACUGCUGGACCAGGGGAGAAACCCCCAGCAGAACCCGUGAGGGCGGACAAUGUUACGCAAUCGACUGGACUGGCGGAAAACGCGUCAACAUCCACCCCUUCAUCCCAACCGUGUGCUGCGAAACCCAUGGAACGUAAAGAGGUCAUUGCCCGUAUGCUGGCUGCGAAGGCUGCCAAGUCUACGGGAGUUCCAACAUCGCCUCCAAGGGACCUGACAAAAGAAGCACCGACAUCAGGCAGCUCAACUACAGAUAUUGAAAAGACUAGUGACACGGGUGUUGCCGCAGAGGCACCCGCACAAGAAAAGGAGGUUCGCGUCAGGGAAAAGAAUAAAGCACAAACGGAGUUGGCUAGGCAACGAAUCGAGCAACUCAAGAAGCAGGGCCUAAUGAGGCUACAGCAAAAGUCAACCUCAAGCGAUGCAUCCCCAAGUAAUGACCUGCCAAACUCGAAAACAACUAACGAUAUUACACCCACCUUGAAUUCAUCGUCAAUCCAACAUCCCCUGCCUGAGCGUCCCCCUGAUCCUGAGACAGGCGCUUUUGCAAGGAUCCCUGGAUUGUUCAUGACCGAAGUAGCUCAGGCAUCACAUGACGACCCAUCUCCGACGCCUACCCAAGGGCUUGUAGUUGAUUCCACGCCGCAGCCUCGCUUUAAUCAACGCAAGCGCCCGCGAGCAUCUGAUUUUGACGAGCCAGUUCCUUUACCUAGGAAGACUUCUAACAAUGGAGUGAAUAAUAGUGUCUCGGGCGAUAGGCUUAUCAUUGACAUUAGCGAUGACGAUCUAUAUGGGGAUGACGAAGAUGAUGCUAUGGAUAUUGAGACCUCCCAAGAAAAUGAUGUUCCUUCAGUCCCCGAAGGUCCAGCAGGGACCUACCUUUCUGUGGAGUCCCUCCCGCCGAGACCCGCGACAUCGUCAAGUCAAGGGUUUUCAUUAUCUGCGACCCCCCAACUUCCACGGAAUAAUGACCCAGAAGACCUCCGGAGGAAACAUCUUGAAAUACAAGCAAUGCACAAGCGGAUUGCUGAGCUGGAAAAACGCAAGCAGGCAAAAUUAGCUGCCAGUCGUACUCAGUCUCCUCGUGCGGCGGACUCAGAGAUAUCGCCGCCUGGAGCAUUUCCACCAACUGAUACUGAAGCUUGUGAGACACCCAUACAGGAUGCAUCAGCUUCCGCUGGGCACAAUUCUUCACAAGUGAACGUCAUGGAUGCUUUGCAAGAAACUAUAUCAUCCGCUCCUAGUCAUCAUCCUACCUCAAACGGUCUUUCAUGUCGUUUGGGUUCCAUGGACGCCGAACAAUUGAAAGAUAUGAAGUCGAAAGUCCUGCGGAAAAGAGAGAUUGAAUCCGGGGUUCCUGCUUUGGACGCAGAAAUAAAGAGGUCUGAGACAAGGCUAGCUGAGUUAAAUUUUGAACAGGAGAAGCUUUUGCUAGAUAUUACGAGGGGAAAAGAGGGCCGACAGCAACUCUUAGAGGAACUAAGCAAUCUUAACACAGAGCUCGAUGGAGUAUCAUUGGAAGAGGUGGAAUCAGCAUUAGACAACCUGAGAACCACGCAGGAAUCCACAAAUGAAGCUUACACUUCCUCAAAUGCUUUUCGCAUAGUCCAAGAACUGCAACCAAUCACUCCAGAUGACAAAGACAUCGAAAUGCCAAGCGGCUCCGAAGUUUCGACCCAGCUCCAGCAACAAAAGGGUUCUGCUCAAGAGCCAUCCAUAAAUACUCCAACUGAUACAAGCAACCCCCCGCGUCCGUCUGACAUUACAGCUGGCCAACAUGACGUAUCUGAAGUUAGUAGAGAAUCGACUCCGACUUCUUCCUCCGAUUCCACAGGAUCAUCCAUGGAUGAAUCUAGUGAUAGUGAUAGCGACGACAGCGAUGACGAUAGUGACGACUCUGCAUCCGUUGAGCAAGAAGAGCCCAACGCCCGGCCCCCUGUGCCGGAUGUCCCUAUGUCUGUUGUCUCGGACGGUGUAAAAGAGAUUAACCAAGUGGCACCAAGCCCGUUGAGCGAAGAUCAUCAUGAUCCCCUACCGAACCAACCUCAAGCCACGAACGUGACAGACCAAUCUGAUAUGUCUUCGAGCUCUAGUGACCAAGAUAUUGAAAUAACUAAAGAUCAGGCCUCUGAUAAUUCUACGGUUUCAGAGGCCUAUGAGCCCCCGGAACCGGAAGGAAAUGCAAGCCCAGCUAACUCGGUUUAUUCACCCCCUUUUAGUCCAGCUUCUCCUGGCCCCGUUGAGCCCACCGUUGAGCCCACCGUUGCUAGUUCUCCAGUGGAAAAACCUCAGAACACGGGUGAGCCAUCUUUUGGAACUGUCCAAGAGUUGGGUGUCUCACAACUCGGGAACAAUCAGGUUGGCCUUCUGGAUAAUGCUCGACAACCGGUAGAUUCAAAUCAUAAGUACUCGCCUUACGUUAGUCCUUUGAAAUCUUUCAAGGCUUUUCGCUACCAUCCAAGGUACACUGAUGAGGUUACGGGUGGCUAUCGUUCCCUAACCUACAGUCACGAUAUUGACCCUAUGGUGUACCUCUGUCCUUUUGAAGCGGCAGGCGGUGUCUGCAACGACCGGUCUUGUGAAUUCCAACAUUUUCGUGAUAUGACUCUUAGCGGUGCGUCGACAGACUUGAGCAAACUACACGCAACACCUCCCCAUGUGCCAUGA